AUGGUUUUUCUUGACGGAGGUUUAUCACCACAGCAAAUUGUACGUUCGCUGUUUCGUAGCGGUCAUUCGAAAAGCUAUAGCCUGCUGACGGAUUUUAGUAAAAGAAGCAGCGCAUCACCGCUGAGAAAGACUAUCACUAUUGUCGGAUCAUUAACUCAUUACUUCAAGAAGCAUGAAUAUAACGUGUCGUCGUCUAAGGACAGUAUCAAGAAGUCUCGUAAAAGUUCAAGAUCUCAGAAAAAGUCUAACUAUAAGUCUAGUUCAGAUUUUACUGUGUCAUCGCGUGCGAUUUCUGAAGAUGACGACAGUUCAACCGCAAAACAUCGCUUUGACGAACGUCGCAGGUUUUGGCAAAGAAAGAAGCGUCCUCCUCCAGAGCCGUGUUCCGAAUUCUUCAAACGUUAUGGUCCAAAUGAUAUUAUCGGGUAUUAG